AUGUCUUCCACGACUACGUCCACAACACCCGUCUUCCUCAUCACAGGCGCCUCAUCCGGGUUCGGCGAGGCAGUUGCACAGGAUGCGCUCGCACGCGGUUACCAUGUGAUCGCAACGGCACGAAACUCGGCCAAGCUCGGGGCGCUCAAAGCCGCCGGCGCGACGGUGCUUGACUUGGAUGUAACCAAUGACGAGGAAACGCUCGCGAAGGUCUUUCGUGAAGCGGCGGCCGCAUAUGGGGGCCGCAUUACCCAUGUCGUCAACAGCGCGGGCUAUCUUCUGGAGGGAGCCGUUGAGGAAGCGAGCGCGAAAGAGGCGUUCGAUGUGUUCAACACCAACGUGCUUGGCACGGCCAACAUUGCUAGGGUAUCAGCUCCAUACUUGCGCGAGGCAGCGAAGACACCCGGCCAGCAAGUGGCUCUAGCGACGUUUGGGAGUCUGGGGAGUUGGUGGUCCGGCGCAGGAGCCGCUUAUUACUGCAGCACCAAGUUUGCCGUUAGCGGGCUGACCGUGGGGCUGGCGGAGGAACUGCGGCCGUUUGGCGUCGACGUCUACUGCUUCGAGCCCGGGUAUACACGCACGGCAUUCUUGCAGAACGGAGCUAGCGGCGGCAGCGGUGACCACCGGAUCAAGACGGCGAGGCGGCUCGACGUGUAUCACGACAGCGAGGCGGAAAAGAUGCGGAGCGCUCUGAACAAGUACAACGGCCAACAGCCGGGGGACGUGGUGAAAUGCGCCAAGGUCAUUGUGGACGUGAUGACCAAGGACGGUGUGGCGAAGGGGAAGGAAGUGCCCGUCAGGCUGUUGUUAGGAUCCGACUGCGUCGAGACUGUGCGCGCGGUAUGUGAAAGCACGCUGAAAUCGGUCCGGGAGUGGGAGGAGGUAUCGUCGUCGACUAUGCAUUGA